UCAUUUUUUGACAUGUUUGUUUUUGACCCCGUUUGCAAAUUUAUUUUGUGAUUAAAUCAUUUUAAAAAUAGUCGUUUACAUAAACCUAUAAGCCAUACCAAACAUAAAUCCGAUUUAGUUAAUUACCGCCGCUCCUAUUAAUUUUAACACGUACCUGCGUAAAGAGGUACAAUGGCAGUGAGUAAUAUAAGGUCCAAUAUCAUCCAGAAUCUGUGCAAAAGAACUUUAAAAAGUUACUUACUUCCUAGGACUAGGUUGCACACUUACCCGAGACACAGUUAUUUAGUAAGUAAAAGACAGUUUUCGGUCAGCGAUUUCUUUAAUGGUACUGCCGGGCAUGCUGAGACCACCAGCAUGACACAGGGGCUCUCAAAGCUCCAGGCUCAAGAACUUAUCUUAAGACUGAAUGAUGAGGAGAGAACUAACUUGUCCACUGCUUUACACGAGUAUCAUUCUAAGUUGGUAAAAGAUGAAUUAGAAGGUCAACUAGCCGCUUCAAGAUGGAGGAGUAAAUAUGGGAGGCCUGCAAAACUCCCUAAAUUGGGGGAUGUGGACCCCACCGGGACUUACUGUCCGAUGCCAGAGGACUGGCUUAAAAAGAAAUUUGCUGAAUCAGUUCCUAGACCCACCACAAAAAAUCUUAUAGACAUUGGCAUUGCAAACUCUAUACCGUUCAUAGGAUUUGGAUUCCUAGACAACUUCUUCAUGUUAAUCUUUGGGGAUUAUAUUGACUUAUACCUGGGUUCCUACUUUUGUCUCACCACUAUGGCAGCAGCAGCUUUAGGUAACACGCUUUCCGAUAUUCUCGGGAUAGGAACGGCGUUUUACGUGGAACGAAUGGCCAACAGAAUCGGCUUUAGUCCCCCUAAAUUGUCCCCAAUACAAAUGGACAUGAAUUGUUCCAGAAAUGCCGCGAAUCUUGGGAGGGUUUUGGGGGUAACUAUAGGGUGUAUAUUGGGCAUGUGUCCACUAUUAUUUAAAAACAAAAAGGAUGAAGACGAUAAGAAUAGGGAUGAGGGAACAGACGGUAUCUUAAAUGUAGCUUAGGGGUGUAAAUAUUUUACUUGUCAUUUAUAGAUAGAUAAUACAAUUCUUAUGGUUUGUAAAGUUUACAGUGUUUUAUAAUUUUAAGCUUAAUGUGGCCAUUUUUAGUUUUAGGUUACUGUAUAUUUUAAUCUACUCUCAUUUAUACUUUAACAGGCCCAAUUCUUGUUGUUUUUGCUCAACUAAGCAGAGCUUCCUAACUCUAUGUAAAAAGAGCAUUUUAAGACAAUCCGCCUAUACAUUUCGUCUUAUGUGAUUAUAUUUAGUGAUGCUUUUAGUUAGUAUAAGAAAUAUAUUUACUUUGAGGCUGUUCAACUGUUUAACUUAAUCAAAAAUUUUAGAAAAAUAUACUGAAACAGAGAUUGUGUAAAGUAUGUAAUUCCUAGCAAAGAAACUCUUCCCUGAAAUGUUUUCUAGGGACCAAAUACAUCCCAUUUCCUGUCCAUCUAAUCACAUCAUAGUCUCUAUUUAUUUGAUAAAAACUGUUAGGAUGCGUAUAUUGUUGUUUGUUAUACUUUAUUUAGAACUUAAAACUGACUUAAAGUAUAUAUUACAGCUGUUACUGUUUUCUGAAGAUUAAAUAUAUAUACCUAAGAGUAUGUAAAAGAUAGAAGCUACUUAAUGAAUACAUAGGCAACUCGCUCUAAAUGUGUUCCAUUAUUAGUUAUGUAGUACAAAAUUAUCGCGAAUUUAAGGCACUUUGCAGCUGCUGCGGCUUUUAAAACAGGGUAACAAAACACCAAGUAGAAACUAAGUUUUUAGAUAAAUAGUAAAUUAUCUACUAAUAGGUUGCCCUUAAAAAUAUGUUCUUGUUGUGAAUCACUAAAAAAAUUGUGUAUGCUUUUAUUAUGAUGUUGAAAUAAUUUGUUUUGUUUUGGAUUUUUUUUUAAUGUAUAAGCUGUAUCAUUUAUGUGAUUAUAUUUAUUAUUUAUAAAUUCGUUAUAGUGCAAUAGACAAAAUUAACUCUACAAAUUAAAA